UGCUGUGAGUGAAUGAAUGAUCUCCAUAGCAACCAAACGACAAACAUGGCCAACAGCGAGCGCCGCGCCACACGAGUCUUUCUCAACAACAUCGACUCGUAUUCAUCCAAAAAUAUCGCCCAGUUCUUGUCCUCAUGCGUUGUCGGCGCGUCUCUCGGCGAAGGAGAGGAAGAGGACAAACACGACGCGUCUUCAGAUGAACCAUGUUUUCAGAUAGUCGGAACAGUCGCGAAUAAAGAUGCCAAACAAGAAAGUUUUGCAUCGGAGCAAUACUGGUCUCUGAGCCGAGAUGAGCUCCUGCAGUGUCUGAUGCGCUGUGAUGUUAUUGUGUAUAACAUCACCGAACACACUGAUCUCAUAGAUGAGGCAACAUGGGCCAUUUCAGCUCUGCAUUCUGAAAUCGGACAUUUUGAGUCUCCCAAAAUAUUCAUCCUGCUGUCACCGAUCUUGACAUGGGCGAUGACCAAACCACCUGAUCCUGAUGAUCCUGACAUUCCUUUGACUGAAGAGGACUACAAAAAAAGAAGACCACAUCCAAACUUUAAGGAACACACCAGCACAGAGAGGCUCGUGCUUAAACUGGGGAAGACUAAAAAGUCAAUCCUGGGAACAUAUAUUGUAACAUCAGGACUGCAGUAUGGCAUGGGCGAGAACAUGUUUCACUUCUUCUUCCAAACCGCUUGGCUUGGAAAGCUGAGCAGCGUCCCUAUAUUUGGACCUGGGACAAACAACAUUCCUGCCGUUCACGUCCAUGACCUGGCAAGAGUGGUGCAGAAGAUCAUCGAUCACAAACCGAAAACGCACUAUUUCAUCGCUGUUGAUGACUCCAAGAGCACUUUUGAAGACAUUGUGAAAGCCAUUGCCUCUGCAGUAGGACCUGGACAAACAGAAAAAGUCCUGAAGGAGGAUGCCAGUGGCAAUAUUACGGAAACCGAGUUGCUUUACCUCAGUGUCAAUCUUCGGAUUGAGUCUGUUUUCAUAAAGGAAAGGUUAAACAUCAACUUGGAUUUUGAAUCUGGAAUAGUUGAUAACAUUGUUCGUGUGGUGGAGGAAUUCAAACAGACAAGGAAACUGUUGCCCAUAAAAAUCUGUCUUCUUGGGCCCCCUGCUGUUGGCAAAAGCACAGUUGCAGAAGAGUUGUGCAAAUACUACAAACUUAACCAUGUUACUGUUGAUGAAGCCGUCAGUGAGAAAAUCAGACAGUUGGAGGAACUGCUUGAGAGAAAUGAGAAGACAGCUGAGAAUGAGGAAUUGCUCUCUGCUGCUGAAGAGAAACUUAAAGCUAUAAAGAACAGCAUGCUUCAAAAUGGGGGCCAGUUGGACAACCAGCAAAUCAUUCAUAUCAUAAUGGAGAAGCUAAACUCAAUGCCCUGCAGAAAUCAAGGGUUUGUUCUUGAUGGAUACCCAAAGACUUAUUCACAGGCUAAUGAGCUUUUCCAAGAUGAAAACAUGGAAGUGGAAGAUGGCAGAGCUACAGAACCCAAAUAUAACAAAGUGAUGAUUCCAGAGUUCGUCUUCUCAUUGGACGCCACUGAUGAUUUUCUGAAAGCACGUGUUCGGAGCCUUCCACAGAAUGUUGCAGAGAUGAAACACUACACACAAGAGGAGUUUACCGACAGUCUUGCAAAAUUCAGGCAGACUUUGGCAGAAGACGAGUCUGUGCUCGACUAUUUCGAUGAACUAGAAAUCCACCCUGAACACAUUGACUGUGAGAAUGUGGCUGUGGUGGAGAAGAUCAUUAAGACAGUCGGACGGCCAAUGAACUACGGUCUGAGCCCAGAAGAAAUGGAGGAGGAGAAGAAGAGGAAAGAACAUGAACGGCACCAGCAGCUGAAGCAGGAGGAAGCUGAGAACAAACUCAGGGAGACCAUGGAAAAUGAUAAAUUUGCCAGUCUUUUGGAGGAAUGGAACAGGAAUACGGCUGAGGUGGAGAAGCAGGAACAUGAGCUAUUAGAGGCAAGAUCUGUCCCCAUGAGACACUACCUGAUGAAGUAUGUCAUGCCCACUGUCGUACAAGGACUGGUGGACUGCUGCAAGGUCAAGCCUGAUGACCCUGUGGACUUUUUGGCUGAACACCUCUUCAGGAGCAACCCAGAUGAUUAGUUUAAUCUACUGCAGUGAUUAAGAAUAAACUUACAAUAGUGUGCCUUUGAAA